AUGGAUUGCCCGUCGUAUCUCGAGACUGGAGAUCUCCCGAAAACCUUUCCACCACAAGCACCACAUCAAUGUACUCUUCAAACUCCAGCAUGGAUCGACUUUCGUCAAAGCAACAAAAUUUUUCUCGCCUUUAUCGCCACUUUAUUCAUUCUCGUUGACAUGUCGUUUUUGUUUGCGCACCAUUUGAAAGACGUGCAAACAACAUGGGAAAACGUUUACGCGGCGGAUCCUUUUGAUUUGGUUCACACAAUCGCCGGCACGACACUUCCACUUAUCUAUAUCGCCUUUUACUUGUGUGCAAUGCAUGCGGUGGUGUUCACACGACCGUCUCUCCUUCGGGCUUUCGAGAUCUAUUUGGGAGUGGCGAUCAUUAUAAACGUUCUACAUCUCAUUUUUCACAUUAUCACCAAGAUUCUCUAUGAAACAUUGAUCAUUAUUGUUGUAGAUAUUGUUUGGUCAAUCGUUGUGUUUUACGUGGCAAGAAGUCAUGUCCAUUAUAUGAACGAAUGCAUUACAUGCUAU